AAAUGGUUUCAAAUUUGUCAAAAUUUGCCCUAAAUUUGUAUGUGACAAUAUUGACGAUGUUCUAUAUUUAAUAGAUACACAAAACAUUAACUUACAAUUUAUCGUUGUCUACAUGUAUGCAACAUAUGAAUUUCAAACUGCGGCAAAAUUGGAAGCAAAAACAACUGUGUAUUUAAAAAAUGGCAACUUUGAAGUCUUCCAGAACAAGUGCCUGUGACGAAUCAUGAAAGUCUUCUGGCCAAACAUGAUCACAAACAUGGAACUGUGUGGAAGAGCGGGCGCAAACAGCAUCACUGAGACCAUGGCUGUGAGGAGAUGGAGAUGGCUAGGCCACGUCUGCAGAAUGCCACCUGACUCUACCCAGGGUGGACACCAGAGAUGGACUCCACAUGGGAAAAGAAACCGCGGAUGACCAAAAGAGAUGUGGCGCUGAACCGUGGAGCGAGAGCUCAAGAACAGAGGCCUCACUCUGCAGACAGCACCAGCAACAGCAGCCGACAGACCAAAGUCCAAAGUGGUGCUCUCUUGCCUUUGCCUUAAGCACCAGACGGCACAGAGAGGAUUGAAGUCUUCCAGCCAGCCAAUCUCAGGAAUCUUGAUUAACCUCAGAAACCGUAGCAAGUGCCUUCAAAUACUGUCAAUAAUUACUGACUGAAUUGUUUCCUCAUUUUGCCCAUAAAUUGCUGUGCAGAAAUAACUCAACAAACUAUAAACUUGAUUGGAUUUCCCAGUCAUCAGAGAAUGACAGUUCUGGUGCUGCCUUGUAUGACCACAUUUUACCCUCUACCUUCAGGAUUGGUUUGUGACGCAGAAGUCAGAUAAGCUUGCUAUUUGCCGUCCACAAAAGGCAUCAAAUAUGAGAGCUUGAUCCACACAUGUUUAUGGUACUUAAACGCCUUGUUCGGUGAUUUUAUCAGAAGUUCUGAACAAUUAUUGGUGUUUUAGCAAAUUUCUGGAAAUAUGAUGAGUGGUAUCACGUGGCUGAUCCAUUAUUUGUGACAUUUUAAGAGACCUGGUUUUUAGCUGGAAAAGGACAGAUGAACAGAUAGGAGUGUCUGGAAACAACUCAGAUUUCUAGGCUUGUGAAAGGCGGUUAGGCAACAGAAGUGGUAAGGUGUACAGAGGUAAAUGUACACACCUUUUACAGAGGACAUCAGAAGUAGCUUUGUGUUACAGACAGUAGAAGGGUAUUGGACCCAACACCCCCUACCAAUUUAUCCAGCAUGGAGGGCUCCACAGAUCCAGGCAAGAUGGUACAUGUUGGCCACGAAGAAAGCGUCGAUGAACAGGCGAUGAUCCACAGCUUACUCCAGAGUGUCAUCGCAGGCCUCAUUGGGGUGGUCAGCAUUACGGGAAACAUGAUUGCCUUCGUGACACUCGUGAACAAUCGUCGAGUGAUUCGCACGCCCAUAUAUAUUGUAAUUGGUGGCCUUGCAUUGACCGAUAUUUUAAACACGGCUUUGAAUGUCCCCGAGGAGAUAAUUAACAAGGCGGAAAAAGGUGAUCUCAAAUCUGAGCUUUGGUGUAAAAUCUUUGGUUAUCUGUUCAAUUCUGUUCAGUACAUUACCCCAUUCCACAUUGUGGUACUGGCUGUGUUCCGAGGAAUACUACUAACAGCUCGUGAUCACCAUGGGCCAACGUCGAAGAUCGCGUUUUUGACGUGCAUCAUCCUGUGGAUUGUAUCGUUACUAGCCAACAUACCAAUGAUCAAUCAUUCAAAGCUGACAAUACAAUCCACAUGUGCUGCGAGUUUUGAUGGUGCGGAAAAUCCUGGUUUUAAUUUCGGAAAAUCGGAACCAGUGGUGCAGAGGACUGAAGAAUUGUACAUACUGCUCUCAGCUGCGUUCUCUUACUUCCUGCCUUUAGUUCUUAUUUUUGUCAUUUACUUAGUCACAGGUUACAUGAGUCAAAGGUAUUUCGAGGAUAGCUACUCACCCAGGGAAAGGCGGUUGUCAAAAAUGAUAACAUACAUAAUUUACGUGUUUGCUCUGUGCAGACUACCAGAUGAAAUGGUAACCUUACUUGUGCACUUCCAGUUGAAGAACACAGACUUUGUGAUUGCUCUGUCUACGGACAUUAAUAAGUUAACAGUAUGGUUCCGUGUAAGAGAAUAUUUGAGCAUCUUAGCCAUGCUGGACUGUGCAUUGCGGCCUGUCAUAUACGCCACAAUGUCACAAGAGUUUGGCGCAGUGUAUGACAGCAUUAUUAACUGCAGAUACUGCAAGAAAGAAGAUGAUGAUGAUCUUGACCCUCAACCGUUGCGCCGACGUCGCCAAGAGAUAGAAGAAGUGAUUCAGUCUGCAAAUCACGGGCCUAGUGAGGUGGAGACUCCUUUGCGACCGAGUAUCGAGGUUCAGGAUUAUGACGCUGAGCGUGACAUUGGUUGAUAUUGUAAUGGUGUUCGUGAAAACAAUUAAAAUAAAAUGAGCCUUGCUCUCAGAAAAAUGGGCCAAAUGCAUUCAGCAUGAAGUGUCAGCAUGAAGGCCUGGUUAGCCUGUGGGGACUGCACAGGCUAAUCUGGGAACACACUUUACACUCAUGCAUUAAGCCCAGUUUGGGGCAAAAUAAGGCCCAAAUACAAUUUCAAUAGCCAAUAAAGUUGAUUUAAGUUUUAACAGUAUUGCCUCAGAAGUGUUUGUUAUGAUUGGUCUAUGUAAAUAAGAUGUCUUCUAUAUUUAGACCCACAUAACAUGCAAAUUUUAACUUGCAACUCCAUUGUUAUUGACCUGCUUUGUUGAGAUUUUUUGUUUUGUAGAGAUAGUUUUUGUUGAAUAUUCUGGUGCUUGAUUGUUUUGUUGAGGGCUGUUAAAUGUCACUGAACGCAAUCGUAUACCAAUACUUGAGAUCCAGAAAGUUCAGAAAGUGUAUAUUAGUUAUUGACCAUCUGUUAUUUCAGAGGAAGAAAAGUUGCUGUAAAUGUGCUUUUGCCCUGUUAUUGAUAACUGUUAAUAUUAUUUGAAUAUUGUUAUAUGUACCAGCAUUAAUAUAGCAUGUUGUGAGUUCCACAAACAUUUAUGUUUGUCUUGCUUUUGAAUACUCUAAAUCUUGAAGACUGCAGUUCUAAAUUUAAGAAUUUAUUUUAACUUGGGUAAAUAUUUUUGUCUGUGCUUCAUUUACCUUUCAUAUAUUAUUUUAGAUUUCACUUGUUAUUUGCACUUGUUUUAUUUGUAAACAAUUGCUUGUGCUCACUUGAACACGAGGUAUUGUCUUCAGUCUGUGCCAAUGUCAUAAUUGGCCACUAUUAUGACUCAAUUUUUAUGAAACUUGUCAGAAUGUUCAUCUUGACAAUUUCAAGGUUGAGUUUGGAUUUGGGUCAUGUGUGUCUAAAAAUUAGGUCACCGGGUCUAAUCUUAGAAAACUAAUAUACAUGUAACCACUCUGGAAGUAACAUUUAUAACUCAGUAUUGAUAAAACUUGUUCAAAAUGUAAUCUUGACCAUCUUAACUCAGAGUUAGUUUUAGAUCUGAACUACAUGUAGGUUACCUGGUCAAAUCUUUGACAACUUGUGUACCUUGAAACCAGUUGAACCCUUCAUGGUCAUCAUGGCCCAUUUGUUUUAAAAGUUGUCCGUUUUAAAAUAAAAAUUUAGUUAUAAUUGAUAUUAUGCUUUUUAUAAUUAAAUAAUGAGUAUAACCUUUUCAAAACCUUUCUCCUGAAUUGCAUUUUUUUAGAUUUAUGUUAAAAAAAAUAUUCUUUUUAUUAAUACAAUUUUUCUCAUGUUUUCUGCUGCUUACUUCAAUAGUCCCAGAAGAACGGAGCUUACUCCUGAAUUUCAUUUGUUAAAGAUUUAUUGUCCCCUACCGGUUUCACUGUAGGGGACUUACGGCUUUCGCUCUGUGUGUCCGUUGGUCCGUCAGUCUGUCACACUUUUCUGGAUCCUGCGAUAACUUAAAAGUUCUUAAUAUUUUUUCAUGAUACUUGAAACAUGGAUAGAUGGCAAUAUGGACAUAAUGCACGUCAAUUCAUGCUGUUCCUACGUCCAAAAUUCUGGAUGCUAUGGCAACAAAACCAAAAAAAAAAUAAAAUCUGACAAUGGUGGAGUUUCUGACAAUAGUGGAGCCGGUAGGGGACCAUAUUGCUUGACAAUAGCCUUAUUUUUGGAAAUGUUGUUUUUUUAUCCCCCGCCAGAGGCGGAGGGAUAUUGUUUUGGCGUUAUUCAUCCGUCCGGCUGUCCGUCCGUCUGUCCGGCACUUUUGUGUCCGGAGCCAUAUCUUGGAAUUGCUCUAGCCGAUUUCAUUGAAACUUCCUAUCAGUAUAUAUAUGCAUAAGAGGAUUAUGCACGCCAAAUGGCAUUGUACACCAUCUGUUAAAAACAGAGUUAUGGCCCUUUGUAUCUUGAAAAAAUGCUUUUUACUAUAGGCACUUUUGUGUCCGGAGCCAUAUCUUGAAAGUGAUUUGGCGGAUUUCAUUGAAACUUAGUAUGAGUAUAUAUAUGCAAAAGAGGAUGAUGCACGCCAAAUGGCAUUUUACACCAUCUAUUAAAAACAGAGUUAUGGCCCUUUGUAUCUUGAAAAAAUGCUUUUUACUAUAGGCACUUUUGUGUCCGGAGCCACAUCUUGGAAGUGCUUUGGCGGAUUUCAUUGAAACUUAGUUUGAGUAUAUAUAUGCAUAAGAGGAUGAUGCACGCCAAAUGGCCUUUUAUACUAUCUGUUAAAAACAGAGUUAUGGCCCUUUGUAUCUUGAAAAAAUGCUUUUUACUAUAGGCACUUUUGUGUCCGGAGCCAUAUCUUGGAAGUGCUAUGGCAGAUUUCAUUUAAACUUGGUAUGAGUAUAUAUGCCUCGCCAGAGGCGGAGGGAUAUUGUUUUGGCGCUGUCCGUCCGGCACUUUUGUUCGGAGCCAUAUCUUGGAAGUGCUUUUGCGGAUUUCAUUGAAACUUGGUAUGAGUAUAUAUAUGGAUAAUAGGAUGAUGCACGCCAAAUGGCAUUGUACACCAUCUGAUAAUAACAGAGUUAUGGCCCUUUGUAUCUUCAAAAAAAUGCUUUUUUUAGUGUCAAAUAUAACACUUUUGUGUCCAGAAGUAUAUUGGUGGGGGAUAUCAAUUCAACAAAUUUGCUUGUUCAUCCAUAAAAUAUGUCCCAUAUUUUCUGCUGCUAACUUUAAAUGUCCCAGAAGUGCAAAACAGAAGAUUUCUUAUUUUCAUCAUCGGAACCUUAAAAUAAAGGCAUUAAAUAGUUCCAGUAAAUGGUGUAUCAAUGUAUCAUGAACUGUAAGUCAUUGGUUCUACAUGUUUUAAAGUAAUAUGUUUUACAUGUAAUUUUUUUUAUCUACCUAACCCUUAUAUCAUACAUUUUGCAUUUAUCAUUUUAUAAUAUUUGUCAAUGUGUUGUAUCAUCAUGAUCAUGUUCAGUACUUGUUCUUUUUUCAUAUAAGUUUCUUCUGGUGUUAAAACCAUGAUGGUGCAAUACUGCAGACUAAUUAAUUGUGUGGAGUUAUAAAUCUGUCAUUUUCGUUGAUAUUUAGUGAGUUGAUUUUUUUUUCUUAUGUCUGAUAUACUGCUUCAGACUUGAACAUUCAUUUGACAUUUUAUUUUGUGGGUGACAGGACCCACAAAAAUCAUGGAAAGUUAGCUGCGUCUUAGACUUUCAGUGCUGGAACCGAAUUUUGAAGGCCUUUGCAAACAGUUUGGAUCCAGAUGAGACGCCACAGAACGUGACAUCUCAUCAGGAUCCAAACUGUUUGCUAUUCUCAUAAUAUUCUUUGCAAAAAAUUGGGAAAAUGCUAAUUUCAGAAAUUCAGCAGACAACAUUUUAGCAGACGACAAAUUUCGCAGUAUGCAAAGGGUUAGUUUUCAAAGAAUAAGAUUGGUUUCACAAUACAUGUACAUAAGUUUUGUUUUACAAUUAUUAAUUCUUAUGAUGAAAAAAUAUUUUGAGCUUUUUUUUCCCGUUGUAAGGUUACAGUUUUAAGCCAGUUUUAUACCUCAGGCAACAAGUACUAAAUGUACCUGUAUUGUGCCAUGAGUUUUGUUAAAGUAUCUAGGCCGGUAAAUUAAUGGCUGUUCAAAUUUCUUUUUUUUCACAGAUUCAUUCAUGUUACAUCAACAUCUUCUUUUUAGCUCACCUGUGCACAACAUGUUUGUGGUAAACUUUUGUGAUAGCCUUUCGUCCUUUGUGCAGCAUGUGGCAUCAACAUUUACCUUGUCCGUUGAAAAAACAUGGUCAUAAGAGAACAGGAGAGUUUCAUUACAUGGCUAUAAUGAAACCUUGUUGACAUACUUUUCCCAAAUAAACAUGAAACUUGCUCAGAACAUUUUUAUGCCCCCCUUUGAAGAAGAGGGGGUAUAUUGCUUUGCUCAUGUCAGUAGGUCGGUUCGUCCACCAGGUGUCGGUACGUCCGUCCACCAGGUGGUUUCCGGAUGAUAACUCAAGAGUGCUUUGGCCUAGGAUCAUGAAACUUCAUAGCUAAAUUGAUCAUGACUCGCAGAUGACCCCUAUUGAUUUUGAGGUCACUAGGUCAAAGGUCAAGGUCACGGUGACUCGAAAUAGUAAAAUGGUUUUUGAAUGAUAAUUCAAGAAUGCAUACGCGGCCAACAGGGCACACUCUGAACAAUAUUACUGAAGCAACUGGUCUGUAAUCCUAAAUCUAUAAUUAUCAGUCCAAUGAAACAUCAUCCUUUUAGUAAAAUACAGUGGAUCAGUAAAAAUAUUAUCAGAAUAUGAGAUUUUUUGUAUAUUUUGUAUAUUAAAUAUUGUAUUAAUGUUUAAUUUUGUUGAUUAAUAUAAAUAUAAGCAGGACAGGGGAGGUAAUACACAACAGGGGAAACAAAUGCAAUAAGUUUAAAUUUAUUGUUACAGAUUUGCCUCCCUUGUAAUAUAAUUAAAUUUUACUAAAUGUAAGGCUAACAGCAUUUUUGUAAUGCAUACUUCUACUACUACUACUACUACUACUACUGCUGCUGCUGCUGCUGCUGCUGCUGCUGCUACUACUACUACUUCUACUACUACUACUACUACUACUACUACUACUACUACUACUACUACUACUACUACUACUACUACUACUACUUCUACUGCUACUACUACUACUACUUCUACUACUACUACUACUACUACUACUACUACUUCUACUACUACUCUACUACUACUACUACUACUACUACUACUACUACUACUACUACUACUACUACAACUACUACUACUACUACUUCUACUACUACUACUACUACUACUACUACUACUACUACUACUACUACUACUACUACCACUUCUACUACUACUACUUCUAUUUUUAUUCCCCCCUUCGAAGAAGAGGGGGUAUAUUGCUUUGCACAUGUCGGUCUGUCGGUCGGUCCCACACCAGGUGGUUUCCGGAUGAUAACUCAAGAACGCUUGGGCCUAGGAUCAUGAAACUUCAUAGGUACAUUGAUCAUGACUCGCAGAUGACCCCUAUUGAUUUUGAGGUCACUAGGUCAAAGGUCAAGGUCACGGUGACCCGAAAUAGUAAAAUGGUUUCCGGAUGAUAACUCAAGAACGCAUACGCCUAGGAUCAUAAAACUUCAUAAGUAGAUUGAUCAUGACUUGCAGAUGACCCCUAUUGAUUUUCAGGUCACUAGGUCAAAGGUCAAGGUCACGGUGACCCUAAAUAGUAAAAUGGUUUCCGGAUGAUAACUCAAGAAAGCAUACGCCUAGGAUCAUGAAACUUCAACGUUAGAUAGAUCAUGACUCACAGAUGACCCCUAUUGAUUUUGAGGUCACUAGGUCAAAGGUCAAGGUCACUGUGACCCGAAAUAGUAAAAUGGUUUUCGGAUGAUAACUCAAGAACGCAUACGAUCAUGAAACUUCAUAGGUAGAUUGAUCAUGACUCGCAGAUGACUCCUAUUGAUUUUUAGGUCACAAGGUCAAAGGUCAAGGUCACGGUGACCCGAAAUAGUCAAAUGAUUUUGGGAUGAUUACUCAAAAACUCAAACGCCUAGGAUCAUGAAACUUCAUAGGUAGAUUGAUCAUGACUCGCAGAUGACCCCUAUUGAUUUUGAGGUCACAAGGUCAAAGGUCAAGGUCACUGUGACCCUAAAUAGUAAAAUGGUUUCCAGAUGAUAAUUCAAGAACGCAUACGCCUAGGAUCAUGAAACUUCAUUGUUAGAUAGAUCAUGACUCGCAGAUGACCCCUAUUGAUUUUGAGGUCACUUGGUCAAAGGUCAAGGUGACCCGAAAUAGUAAAAUGGUUUUGGGAUGAUAACUCAAGAACGCAUACGCCUAGGAUCAUGAAACUUCAUAGGUACAUUGAUCAUGACUCGCAGAUGACCCCUAUUGAUUUUCAGGUCACUAGGUCAAAGGUCAAGGUCACAGUGACAAAAAACAUAUUCACACAAUGGCUGCCACUACAACGGACAGCCCAUAUGGGGGGCAUGCAUGUUUUACAAACAGCCCUUGUUUAUUAUAAGUUUAUUUUGAAUAUAUGGAGCGAAUUAGACAAUUGUUAAUAAAACAUUGCAACAGCUCCUUUUUGCAGUUCAGUUCAUUUCUCUCGGUUUUCAGGUGAGUGACAUACGACCUUUGGUUCUCUGGUUAGAUGGACUUUAUUUGACUUACACAUUAAUAAAUGAUUGUUUUACUUCUAUAAAUACAAAUUUGUUUCUUCUAUCAAUCAUAUUUAUAACAGAUAUGCUUAAAGGAAUAAUGGUAACAAUAAACAUAUUUUGUAUAGUUCUUAAAUUCUUUGCAACAAAAAGUCUUAUUCUGCACAGUGCGACAUGAAGUUGGGCAUUAAACACAUCAAUACAUGGAGUAUAUGUGUCUUUGUAUGUCUAAAAGAUUGUGUUUGAAAUUUGCUUGACUGUUUUACAUGGAAGGUGUAUUUGCUCAAACUAUCAGGUCAUUGCUGUUGUACUACCAACAACCACAGUGCUAUUUAAAAAAAAGAUAAAUUGCAUGCAAAUACAAACAGUUUGUUACAAUCAUGUUACAAAAUAUUUGCAUUAAUUUUCAAUGUGACCAUUCAUUAGUGCGAGCAUCUGGAUAAUGCUGAAAUAGAGGUUUGACUGCAAAAAUUCUGUACAUUAUAUGUCUUUAACCAAUAGAUUUAUUGUGAUGUUUGCAUUAAGGAGCUUAAUAUCUGUGUAACUACAACUUGUAUUGAAUUGAUAUUGAUACUUAACAAAGGUGUUCGAGGAUUUCAGCAUUAAAUGUUUUAUUACUUUUAUUGUUUCUGCAGUAUUUUUCUACUCAGGUGUUAGGUAUACUCCCAUUACCAUUGGUUAUGGGGGCUAUAUAGAAGUCACUUUGUUUGUCUGUCUGUCGGUCUGUCCUGAAAUUUCAUCCGAUCUUCACCAAACUUGGUCACAAGUUGUAUGUAGAUGAUGUUUAGGUCAAGUUUGAAUAUGGGUCAUGCGGGGUCAAAAACUAGGUCAUGGGGUCACAUAGUGUGUUUUAACCGAAAGUUUGUCCGGACCAUAACUAUGUCAUUUAUGGUUAAAUUUUAAAAUGACUUGGUACAUUUGUUCACCAUCAUGGGAAGGUAUGUCGUGUAAAAAAGUAUGUCGAUAUCUCCGAGGUCAAGGUCACAAUGGGAGUUCAAAAGUCAAAUGCUUGUCCGGGCCAUAACUUUGUCAUUUGUUGUGAGAUUUUAAAAUCAUUUGGCAAAUUUGUUCACCAUCAUUGGACGGUCAGUCGAGCGAAAGAAUUACGUCAAGGUCACGCUUUGACUUCAAAGAUCAAAAAUGGCCAUAAAUGAGCUUGUCUGGGCCAUAACUAUGUCAUUCAUUGUGAGAUAUUAGAAUCAUUUGGCACAUUAAUUCACCAUCAUUGGACGGUUUGUCGCGUGAAAGAAUUACGUCGAUAUCUUCAAGGUCAAGGUCACACUCUAAGUUAAAAGGUCAAAAAUGGCCAUAAAUGAGCUUGUCCGGGCCAUAGCUAUGUCGUUUAUGGUGAGAUUUUAAAAUAAUUUGGCACAUAAACCAUCAUUGUACGGUGUGUCGCGCGAAAGAAUUACAUCGAUAUCUCCAAGGUCAAGGUCACACUUUUAGUUCAAAGGUCAAAAAUGGCAAUAAAUGAUCUUGUCCGGGCCAUAACUAUGUCAUUCAUUAUGAGAUUUUAAAGUGACUCUGUACAUUAAUUUUGUUCACAGUCAUUGGACGGCGUGUCAAGUGAAAGAAUUCAAGAGUUUAAAGGUCAAAGUGGCUAUAAAUGAUAAUGGCAUACUAAUUCUUAAAAAUCACCAUAAAGUAGAUUCUCUUGUUAUGUGAAGACAUCAUGCAAAAUAGUCUGUGUCAAUGAGGCAUGUGGGCGUAUGCGUCACGUCUGUGACAAAGCUCUGUUUUUUUUCAUCUAAAUUUUAUUCUUAACUAUACAUUCAUUUAUUAAAUUUUAAUAUAGACAGCAUGGUGAUGUGCUAAUGGAUUGUGUUUUUGUUUCCUUUUAUAGUGUUUUAGAGGCUGUUGUUUUUUGUGGCACUGAAUAUUUCCACAUUGUUGCAUGCACACUUGUUGUUAACAUGAUAUGUUUUUGCUAAGCUUAGUAUUAUAUCCAAUGCUCUGCUGGUUAUUGCUAGGUCACAGACUACCUUGUAGCAUUAUACCAUUUCCACUUAUGAUCUUCUUAUCUUCUAUCUUGGCGUUUGCGCCACUUAUGAUAACCUGUCAUGGGUUGAGUUAAAAACAUUUGUACCUGUUGCAGUACUGUUUAAGCUUCUAUGCCACGAUAGAGACUGAAUACAAAAUAAGUCACAACAAGUUUUUCUCAAGGAUUUAUUAAUUUACAUUUAUUGAUAGAUUUCUUUAUAACCUGAACUAUUAUGCAAAGAAUAUUUGAAUAUGAUUGCAACUAAAAUAAUUAUGAGAACUUAUGGAUAUUCAUGCCUUCAUACUUUUUUCUGUCUGAUGACACACUUUUACUAGUCUGAGCAGGAUCACUGAGAUUGUUGCAGUUUAUGUCUCAAGUGUCAUAUUUCUUAUGGAAUGUUGUACAUUCUUUACACUUUGCAUGCAGUGCUUGCCUUUUUGAUUUUGCUCAAGAACUCUACAAAGUACAUGAAUCUUGUUUAAGAUGGAACCUGAUAUUGGAUGUGUUGACAUUAACAUUCUUUAAAAAAAAUUGUCUGUUUGUUUUUCAGGACUCAGCCUGAAUCAUUUUCAUUGGAAGAGCGAUAUGUAAAACCUAAACAUCUGCAAGCCAUAAAAACACAAACAUUUAGAGUGAAUUUUUACAUUUGCUGAUGUGUUUAUUUUACUUCAAUGUAAAAUUUUGAAUUAUUUUCUAAUACCUGAUGGUUGAGAUUGAAUAUUAUUCCAAGCUUUUUAAUGUUAAUCUGGCUUGUUGUCAUGAGGAAAAAUGUGUUCCUUUUUUGUAAAUAUUGGUUCUCAUAUUUGUGUGUACAUUGCUGUUUUGCCUAGUAUUUGUAUUAUGUUUAUGUUAAAAUGCUCUGAUACAUCAAUGCUCAAUAUUCUGUUGGAUUUCCAUCCAAUGCUUUAAUGAAUAUGCAACUCAUUUCUUUCUUAUAACACAAGACCAUCAUCAACAGUUGACUAUGUUAAACAUGAAACCUCGAUAUUCAUACUGGUACAAACUUGUUUACAAUUUCUUUUACACAUUUAGUAAAAAUCAUGUGUAAAAUCAUAUUCAGGCAUUCAUUUUGGGUUUCAUCAUUGUUUAUUCAAUUGUAAAACACAAUCACUCUUCUUAUGUUGUUUUUGAAAGCAUCCUCUUUUAAGCAAGAUUAUACUAUUGUUUUAUAUGUGUUUAAUUGUAAUAUAUUGAUAAAAUAUAUAACAAUAACACAAAAUAGGCAAGAUAAAUUAUAAAUUGAAAACAAGUUCAUAAAAUGCAGCAAAGACAAAUAAGCGCCCCGAGCCGAUUGUGACGAAGAUAUUUCGUACAUAUUUUCCUACAAUAACCGAAGCAUUCAUCUUUUUAAUUAGUGUCGUAUGAAUAGAUAUUGUUGCAGAAAUUUAAAAUGAACCGUUGAACUAAAUUUAGAUUCACAUCGUACAUGCAUGAUUUACAUGCUGGCAAAUUCUACUGUACAGACAUUUUCGAUUUCAGAAUGAAAUAUUUGGCUUAUUUCACAUUUUUCGACGUAUUUUCUUCUUAUUUUUUUAUUUUAAUUUGUAUUGAAAUAUAUGUUUAAUAAGUUUUUUACACGUUUUAUAUUAUUAAUAAAUAUUUGACAAAAUCGUAUAAUCUCGCUUUAAGAAUUGUCUAUUAUAAUAAGGGUAAAUACAUUAUGUAUAAGAAGUUAUUAGUAUCUUAAAAGAUCUAAAGUCACACGUAUGAUAAUGUUUUAUUUACUGUUAUGCCAUUGCGGUUAAGUUGUGAAUGUUUUGCUAGAUGGAUAGACGUUUGUACAUGUUUUUCUCUGUACUGUUCCUGUAAUUAUAUUAGUUUUGAUUGUGCCUUGUUAUUUUAUUUUGUUUCUGUGUGUUCAUUUGAUAAUUAUUGUUAAUUACAGAUAUUUCAUUUCUGUAUUGAAUUUUAAAAAAUGUGCUGUUCAAACAAUUUCAUUUAUUUUUGAUGGAUAUUGCCAUAAGAUCUCCAGGCAUUUAAAAAAAGUAACAAGACUUCAUGGAAGACAGAACACAGAAAUAUCAAUAAAUAAGGGUGAAUAUUCAAGGGUUACUUUUUGAACAGGGAACUUCAUAAGUAUAAAAUUAUAUUUGAUUUUUGUUGUUUUUUUAAGUUAAUGCUCACCUGAGUUCUAUUGUAUUUUAGUUGUUAGCUCACCUGAGCACUAAGUGCCUAUGGAGAGCUUUUAGGAUACUGUGUUGUCCAUUGUCCGUUAGUGCAUUUGUGAGGUGUUGACAUUUUCCUUCUUAACCCCUUAAUUGAUUUCAACCAAACUACACAGGUAUGAUCUUUGCGUGACCUUCUAUCAAAGUUCUUCAAAACUCAAUAAGGUCCAUUGCAUACCAUUAAAAUCUGUUACCAUUUUUUUUCACAAAAAUCUAUUAAAAAUUAUAGUCUCAACUUUCUUGAUUUUUAUGAAGAAAACAAAAAGUGAAUUUUAAUCAGAAGUUAUAUUUGAGCUUGUGUUUGUUUACUGUGAAAGUGUAAACAAAGAGUCAAGCGCAUUUAUACAAAUUAAAUACAAAUUUGCAUUUUUUGUGCAGUUUGCUAAUCAAAAUAAAGUGGUUUUGUGUCAAGAAUUGAUAAAACAAUACUUCACACCCAUAAAAUUGGCUUUUUUUGUCCAGAGAAGCCACAUGCUUUUCCAGUGGUGUCUUUGUUACUAUGACCAUAUCAAAUAUGUCUCAUGCAGAGUUUUAAAAAAAAACUUAAUAAAAAACAGUUAUUAUACAGACAUAAAAAAUCUUCACAUUAUAGUUUAGUUUCUUUAUGAUCCGGGUGAAUUUCUACAUGUGUCAGAUGAGCAACCUAUGGCAUUUAGCCUUCUUGUUUUUAUAGGAGUUACGUAUGUGUCAGUGUGUAAGAUUUAAAAGGUGUACGGCUGUUUUGUUAUUGAUUGAUAUAGGGCAUGCUUGAAACACAUUAAAUGCAGUUUGUGUUGUGUUUUAUUCAUUAGGUUCGUAAAAAAAGGACUGAUGUUAGAUACAUGACUAUUUGUACUCUCCUUUAUAGCAACAUACAAAGUGAACAAUUAAACCUGUAAUCUUCA